CUCGCCGGCGGGUUGACAGUGAGUCCUCUCGAAAGCAAUCAGUCACAGGACGGGACCGUGUGGACACAAAUCCUCUGGACAGAAGAGAAUGAGGGGCGGAUUUGAGUUGUGACAUGAGAGGGUCUCCCACACUUUCGGCGGUUUUGCUAACCCGCCCAUGGGCAAGCCUAUGGACAACCUACGCUAGGCACUUCGUGCGCAGCCCAUGCACCGUCAGUGAGUGCCCUUCAGCCGGAAGCAGUGUACUCCUAAACAAUACGUGGAGGUUAUCUCUCUUGGUGAUAAGCUUGCAGCGGUAGCGCGUCGGGCUGGACCGCUUUGGACAGCUUACCGCAGGUGCUCGCUGAGAAGCAAGACAACCUGCUGUAUGCGAGAGGUGGACCACUGCCGAGUGCUGUUUCGCAACUCGGUGACCCUCAUAACGUACAAGAUGUUGUUGAUGAUGUCGUUGAUACAGGCUGACCCCAGGGCCUGGUUUUGAUUGAAGAAUGAUGAGAGAGAGAAGGAGAGAGAGCGAGAGAGUGAGCGAGAGAGAGCUAGAGCGAGCGAGCGAGCGAGCGAGCGAGAGAGAGAGAGAGAGAGAGAGAGAAAGAGGCGCGCGGGCCAGCUCUCGAUCACUAGAAACAAUAACAACAAAAUCUACUGCUGUUGGAGACCCCGAACAGUCAACCGGCUGUCUUGGGGUUUCCCCAGAAAACUGUUCUGACCGUUUGCUGACAGUCCCGUGCGGGAACGUGAAUCACACAGCAUGUGGUCUCCACUCUACUGUAACUGCACUUCUACCGGUACCAUUCUACAGCAUAGUCUACACAGACCUAGGGUGCACACACAAUGCUACGCCAUACCUUGGGGUACGGCUUCUUUUGUCUAUGUUUCCUGCAGCGAACACAGAAGGGAUAGAACUUGGCUACCGUCCCCAUGGACAGUUAAUGAAUAGCCCUUGCAAUCCUUGCAAUCCCUGCUUUGUUAAGAACGGGCAUUAUGACGGGUAAAAACCCAACGGUAACGCUAACCCUAACCCUAACCCUAACCCCAAGCCAACACGAUACGUGCUAGGUUGAUGUGCCGGUGGCGAAGUUAGGCCAAAGUGCCAACGGGCACUUCGUGGGCAGUUCAUGGGCUGCCGAUGGGCUCAGUCAUGGGCAGCUCAUGGGCCGUCCAUGAAGUGCUCGGGCGGUUUAUAACUUUGCAACACUGCCAAUGGUGUGGGAGAUUGUGACAAGAUGGGGCGACCUUGCGCGGAGCUCGAAGGUGGGCACGCAGGCACAGCCUGUGGGACACGGGCCAGAGACGCCCCUGAGCUGGUGUGCUUAAGUUGCAUGGCCAGGCAAAAGUCCCGUCGUUGAAGGCGGGGCGAAAACAGGAUCCGCACGACGUACUCGUGCACAUGAUUUGCGUACUACUGUAGCACUCGCGUGCGCAUACAAGACAGUCAAGGUCUCCCGGGAGGAAGCAUAUGCUCCACAGGGUACUCACCCUACACCUACCUCUAUUAAGUAUCCGAAGAUUGAGUAACUCCCCCUCCCUGCAAAACUCUGCAGGGUCAAACAGCAAACAAUCAUAUCGUGAAGAUCAUAUCUUCUCUUGUUCCGCUGCUGCGGCGGGUAGGCGGUUGGCUAAAACACGCUACACAAUGAUUGGGAAAAACAAAUACGAACACAGAAAGGCCACGCGUUCGAGAUACAACAACAGUCGAAAGAGAUGUGUCGGAGUCAUUGCAAUUAGUGGAGGGAAACCGGCUGCUGCAGGGGAGUGCGGUCAUGCGGCGGAGUUGCAGCGAAUGCGGCGGAAUUAUGGCCGUUUCGAAACUCCACUGCUGCUUUAUGUAUGUAGGUGGUUGUGGGGUUGCGUGGUUGUGCCAUGUCGUGGCGUGCCGCAUUGUUAAGAUGAACAACAUAUCCACUAUGCUA